AUGAAAGGAAAGACCCUGAUUUCAUUUGAAACUGAAGGCGGGGUCCUCGAAGAGGCGAAGGCUGCAUUCAAUUCAAUGGCAGAAGUAUUUACCAAAGAAAAAAGUUAUCAAAAAUAUCAAUACGGAAUUCAAAAGAUGUUUGAUUUUUUUAAAGAUGAUUAUGAUAAAAACAUCAAACUUCUCACAAUGGUUCAAGAAAUGAAUGCCCAAAUUGUGUUCAAUGCGACAAAAAUCAAUUUAAUCAUGAAAUCAACAUAUUCUGACAGUGAAUCCCUCACAAAACUCAAACAAGACUUUGAUGAUGCCACAGCAAUGGUCCAAUCUAUUCACAAAUCAGAGAUUCGCUCAAAAGAGAUUUUAAAAACACUUAGAGAGCAAUUAGCCCAAUUAACUCAACAAGUACAAAGUGGACAAGCAUUUAACUUCGGUACGCAAAACUCAAUUUUUGAAAUUUCACAAGAUGUCAAAAAUCUUCGAAAUGAAAAGCAAAAAGAUCAUGAUGAGCUUACAAAAAUCCAAGAAUCGAUUGAUGCCGAAAAUAUUGGCAUGAAAAGCGUUACAGAAGCCCAAGCAACACUUGAAAAUACUUUAAAUAAAGAUACAAAGACUCUUUCUCAUGUAGACAAACGUCUUCAGACUCUUACAGCCGAAAACGAAGAAACAAGCAACGCAAUUAUCGAAUUAAAGCCAAUUGUAACCGAUGUUUCAACAAAAAUUGAAAAUGCAAAGAAAACAAAGAACGAACUUACAGAAAAAAUCAAUGUAUUAAAGAAUACGAAGACAGAUGUUACUAAUUCCUUCAAUACAGUAAGAAACGAAGUGAAAGCAAGAAAAGACAGAUUAUCUCGACGAAAAGAGCAUCUCAAUGAGGUAUUAAGAUUCCAAUCCCAUAAGAAUACGAGUAUACAAGCCAUAAAAGAGCAAAUUACUGAUAUUGACAACGAAAUUGAAGAAUCAAAAACAGCAUUAAAGGAAUCCAAUGAUAAAAACAGUGAAUUGGUCACAGCAUUGGAAGAUGAGAUGAAAAAGGCCGACCAAAUUGCAGAAGAAAAAGCAAAAGUCCGAAAUCAAAUCAAAGAAUUGCGACCAAAGAUCGUAGAAGCAGCUUUAAAGGUUUCUUCCGAACAGAAUGAGAAGAUAGUGAUGAAUAGACAACUCAGCGGGGCUCAGGCUUCACUUGCAGAAGUAAAUCAAUUACAAUAUGAAGAAAAACAUGCAAUUCAAGAGAUAAAGAACGCAACACAGACACUUAAGAGUGAAACUGCUACAAUGAAGGGAUCAAUGCAAUCAGAUAAAGACAAAAUCAUCCAAAUUUUCCAAGAAAUUGAUAAAACUCGGACAUCGACCUUCAAAUUGCAGGCAUCCAUCAAUGCAAUGAAAGAUUCAGAGCUUGUGGCUGCUGAAGAGAACGAAAGAUUGAUGAAAGAACAUGCAAAUCUGAUGUCAAAAUCAAAUAGACAGACAGACUUAUCGGAACAGCUCAGAGAUGAAAGAAAUAAUUAUGCCAGAUUGCUUAAGAUCAAAGAAGAUGAAAAUGCUGAGCUACAACAGUCAAUAAAUGAACUUGAACAUCAAAUCCAGAAAUAUACAACAGAGAACCAAUCAUUGUUCAAUCAGACCAUCAAUUCUCACUUCCAAACGCGUGAUUCCAACGACAAAAUUGAUGAAUUGAACUCCGAAAUUCAACAAUAUAAAACAUCAAUUCAAAAAGUCGAAAGAAUCAUUUCUCAUUUACAAGCUGAGAAUACUACAUUGAGCUACAUCAUAAAUGAAUCGAAUACUGAUAAGAUUCUCGUUCAAAAAGAGACAACAGCUUUGAAUAAGACAGUUGCCGAUUUAAUGGAGCUAAACAAGGCCAGGACACAACAAAUCGAACAACUAAGAUCCGAUAUUCAAACGAAAACCUCGUUUAUCCAUAAAUGUGCCGCUCAAUACAAAGAAAAGUUGAGCGAACUCGAAGAAUUGAACGACCAACUUAAAAAGUACAAGAGCUCAACCGAAAUUUUGGAACAAAAAGCUGACAAAUUGAACCAAUUGCAGUAUACCCACCAAAAACUAUCAAGCCAGCUAGUUAUAGAGGAGCGGAAGUACAUAACAUUGAUCCACGAACUCGCAAUUCCUCGAAAUGUCCACAGAUGGCAAGUAAUGGAAGCUGUCGAUCCAGGAUAUGUUAAAAACAUUCGCUAUCGUAUGCAGCUUACUGAUAAACUUGAUGAUGCACACCGAUUGCUCGAGAAACUCCAAAAAGAAAGAAAUGAUCUCAAAAAAGAUCUCGGCAAGAAAAACGCUGACUAUGAUAAAUCGAUGACUCGGGAACAGGUGAAAACAUAUAUCGAGAGAUACAAAAGCGAUUGCGAUAGAAUGGACCAGAUGAUGGAGGAAAUGUCCAACCAAAUCAAGAACCAGCUAAAGCCUCUCAAAAAUUCUGAUAAGCAGGUACUGGAAUUGAGAGGAAGAGUGAAUAAAAGAAGAGAAGCGGCUUCUUCAAUUAAAAAUGAAAUUUACACUGAAUCUCAUUCGCUUGGAGAGCCAGAACCGUGGUUUAUCACUGAAGGAAUUGUAGCUCCUGCAAUUACUGGUGGUGGUUUCGUUGCAAAUUUGACUCCUCCUGAACAUAAUAGAAAGAUCCUCUCAAAAUCAAACCAUUUGACAGUCGGAGUUGCUCCAAUACUUCGAAACUCUCGUUCUAAUUCGAUGUUUACCUCAGCAAGAUCAACAGGAAGACCGUACAGAUCUGGAAAGACAAUUCUUCCUCCGAUGCCUGAGUAA